GAGGACAGCCAUCGCUAUCUCUAUUCUCCUGACUUCUGACUUCUGAAGUUCUCGGUAGUAAUCGAUAGGACUGCGCUGGAAGCAGACUUGGUACGAUAAAGAAAAUAUAAGAAUGCGCUGCUGCAUACGAGAUGGAUGGCCAGCAGCGUAGCAAAGCUCACUCAAAUCGCUCCAACGCCAACGGGCGUACGAAGUCUAAAAACCCUCAAGAGAUCAUCCUCAUUGCCGUGAUGGGUGCGACUGGUACUGGGAAGUCGACUUUCAUCAACUUAGCCAGUGGUGCGAAUCUUGCCGUUGGAGACGGUCUCAAAUCUUGCACAUCGGAAGUUUUGUACUCUCAUGAGUUUAUCCUCGACGGUCGCCGCGUGUUGCUGAUUGAUACACCUGGCUUUGACGACACGACCGUCUCUGACACUGACAUCCUCAAAAUGAUUGCACUCCACCUUCAGACAACCUACGAGCAAGGAGUUACUUUGAGCGGAAUCUUGUAUCUUCAUCGCAUUUCUGACCCUAGAAUGGGAGGCGUCUCACGAAGGAACUUCACUAUGUUCCGAAAACUCUGUGGAGAUGAGACCCUGGACAACGUCCUUCUUGUCACCACCAUGUGGGGAAACGUUGACCCUGAACGAGGUGCUUCGCGAGAGAGGGAGCUCGAGAGCGAUGAUAUUCUCUUCAAGCCUGUCCUCGAGAUGGGUGCUCGUAUGGUCAGACAUGACAACACUCCUGAACGUGCCCAUGAUAUUCUUCGCAUGAUCAUGAAGAAUCGUCGUCAAGCCCUGCGUAUUCAGCGCGAGCUUGUUGAUGAACACAAGGAUAUCAGCGAGACUGGGGCUGGGGCCGAGCUCGGACGCGAGCUCGCAGAGCUAGCAAAGAAACACAGGGAAGAAUUAAAGGAAAUCCAAGAAGAUAUGGAGGCGGCUCUUGAGGCGAAGGACAUGGCGACCAAGAGGGAGCUCGAGGAGUAUCAUAAGAAGCUGCAGGAUGAGAUGGAGAAGGCGGAGCGGGAUCGCGAACGAUUGUCGCGAGAAUACGCUGAGGAGAAGAAGCAAUCCGACGAGCAGAUGGAAAGAUUCAGGAAAGACCUCGAAGCGGAGCGGCAGGCUAGGGCUGAACGACAGAAAGAACUCGAGCGACUCCAACAAGAAUUUGCCAAUAACAUGAAGCUGUCUGCCGAGGCUCAACAGGAAUUAAAAUCCCAAAUCCAUGCCCUCCAGAAUCGUCGCAAGGGUUUCUUUGAGAACCUUGGAGACGCAUUUAAUUCUCUGUUCUCCGGCCACUUCUAGCUGCUCGCCGCGAGAUUUCAAGGUGUAACACAUGUAUGUCACAAUAGCAUAGUGCUCGAGUAUUGCAAGACGUUUUGUGCCGUUGAACGUUAGGCAUU